AUGACCCACACCGGCUUCUCUGACAAUUUUCGUUUAAAAGUUCACACAAGAACUCAUACCGGUGAGAAGCCUUACUCGUGCAAAACAUGUGGUAAAAGUUUUGCUGAACGUGGUCAAAUAGUGGUCCAUAUGAGAAGUCACACGGGUGAGAAGCCCUUCUCCUGUAAAUCCUGCGGCAAACGUUUCUCUUUGAAUUCUACUUUAAAAACCCACUUGAUAACUCACACUGGUGAGAAACCCUUUUCCUGUGAGAUAUGUGGCAAGUGCUACUCUCAGAAAUGCCAUCUGAUCAAACACACUAGAACUCACACUGGUGAGAAGCCCUUUUCCUGUGAGAUGUGUGGCAAGUGCUUCUCUCAGAAGAGCAGUUUGAUCAACCACACUAGAACUCACACUGGUGAGAAGCCAUUUUGCUGUGAGAUGUGUGGUAAAAGCUUCAGGAGUAAAUAUAGGAUGGAGAUACAUAGAAGAGUCCACACUGGUGAGAAGCCCUUUUCUUGUGACAUAUGUGGCAAAUGCUACUCUCGUAAGAGCAUUCUGACCAACCACAAGAGGACUCACACUGGUGAGAAGCCCUUCUCCUGUCAAACCUGCGGCAAAUGUUUCUCUGCAAAUUAUUCUUUGGUUGCACACAUGAAAACUCACUCUGGUGUGAAGCCCUACACUUGCAAAACAUGUGGUAAAAGUUUCCUUCAAUCUGGUCAUUUAAUGAAUCACCAGAAGACGCACACUGGUGAGAAGCCUUUUUCCUGUAAAACAUGUGGUAAAUGCUACUCGCAAAGAACCAGUCUCUUUAACCACAUAAGAACUCACACCGGUGAGAAGCCCUUUACAUGCAAAACAUGUGGUAAAAGUUUCUUCCAGUCAAGUCAUUUAACAUCUCAUAUAAGGAUUCACACCGGUGAGAAGCCCUUCGCCUGUAAAACUUGUGGCAAAUGUUUCCCUGAGAAUUAUCUUUUGGUCGGACACAUGAGAACUCAUACUGGUGAGAAGCCCUUUUCCUGUAAACUGUGUGGAAAAAGUUUUGCUCAGAACAGCUAUUUGACCGUCCACAUGAAAAGACAUUCAGGUGAGAAGCCUUUUUCCUGUAAAACAUGCGGUAAAAGUUUUACUCAGAACAGCUAUCUGACCGUCCACAUGAAAAGACAUUCAGGUGAGAAGCCCUUUUCCUGUAAAACAUGUGGUAAAUGUUUUACUCGAAGGCGAAAGUGGACGUCCCACAUGAGAUUACAUGCAAAAAUAGAAAGUCGAUAA